AUGAUCGGUGUAAUGCCUGAAUUCGAACCACUCAAAAGUUCAACAUCACCAACGCAGUUUUUAAUCCGAGCUGAGCAAUUGCAGAAAUGUCACGGUUGGAAAGAACAAAUGAUGUUGAUCGCAGUUCAGCACCAAAUGAAAAGCAUGGCCAAACGUUGGCUGGAUGCACAACCGGUGUUUCAGUCAUGGUCACAAUAUGUUAACGCAUUCAAAAUCGAUUUUCCAUCAACACAUAAUGCAGCUGAGGCAUAUAAAAUGCUUAUGGGGCGCAAACGAAAAAACGGCGAAGACUAUGUGGAAUAUUAUUAUUCUAUGCUAACCAUAGGCCGACAAGGUUUGGUGGAUGAUGUUUCCAUCAAUACACAUAUAAUUAGUGGUCUCAACGAUGGUGCAUUAACAAAGGCACUGGCAGCAAUGAGUUUUGGUACAUGUAGCCAAUUGUUACUUGCACUCAAGAACUUAACGUUUACCAGUAGUAUAUCAACGACAUCUACUACUCCAACCCAGCAAAUAUUGAAAUCUGAAACGAAAUCUAAUGCGAAGCAAACGCAAGUAAAGUGCUUUAAUUUAAUGCAAAAGAAGGUACGUUGUACUGAAUGUACUAAGAUAGGGCACGAAGCCAAGAACUGCAACAAGAAACCAGCAGUUGUAGAGAUUGGGAACCACAAUGAAAGCGAUGAAGCACCGCCAGUCAUGAAAGUGGUUGAGUUAAAUGGAAAGGAGUUCGAAGCUUUUAUUGAUACCGGAAGCGUAUGCUCUUUAAUUCGCGAAUCAGCAACAGAUGGCAUGCAGAUUCUGGGAACAAAUAAAUGUUUCACAGUAUUCGGCGGGUCUAAAGUGCAAGUGACGAGACAAGUCAAUGUUGUUGCAAAUGUUGAUAACGUUCAGCGAGAGAUAACAUUGUACAUUGUUGCGGAUAGCCUGCUGCCCUACGACAUUUUAUUAGGUCGCGACGUUUUACAAAACAAUGGGUAUUACAUGGUUGUAGACAAAGGCGUACUACAUUUAAACGAAAUAAAAAUAAAUAAUUUUAAUAUAUCCAGCGAUUUAUCGCAAGAAGAUAAGAGCAAGGUACGUAACCUUUUAGUUGAUAAGCAAAAUUGUUUUGCCGAAGAUAUAAGCGGAAUUGGCAGAUGCAAAAGCGCACAAAUGUCGAUAGAGGUAACCAAAUCAGGCCCUAUACUUGGUAAGAUAUAUCAAGUCCCUUUUUCACAACGCCCUGAGUUGUCGAGAAUUUUGGCGGAGCUGUUGGACAACGAUAUUAUAAGUCCAAGUAGUUCACCUCACGCAGCUUCAGUACUUUUGGUAAAAAAAUCUAAUGGCGAAAAUCGAAUGUGCAUUGAUUACCGCGCGCUUAACGAGGUCACAGUUAAGAAGAAUUACGUAAUGCCAAUAGUGGAAGAACAACUCUCGCGCCUUUCAGGGAACAAAUAUUUUUCCACAUUGGACAUGACCUCCGGUUAUUACCAAGUACCGAUGAACGAAAAUUCAAAAAAAUAUACAGCAUUUUUGACUCACGAGGGUUUAUUUGAGCAUAAUGUUAUGCCUUUCGGUCUGGUAAAUGCUCCUAUGGUUUUCCAGGAAAUAGUUGUUAACUUAAUUAAGUCAUUGAAACAUCGUGAUAAGGUGGUAAGCUAUGUUGAUGAGGUUAUCAUAGCCACGAAAACCGUCGACGAAGGCAUCAUGGUCCUUAAAGAGUUUCUGGAAGCUACAGGUUUAACACUUAGGCCAUCCAAGGAAUUCUGCAUCAAUAAAGUAACAGGAGGGAAGAAAGAAGCGCAGCUACAUGUAAGCAAGGUGGUACCAAUACCAUUUCGUUAUGUGCACAUAGAUCAUUUGGGGCCAUUCGUAAGAAGCCAACACGUUAUACGAGCAUUGCGGAAUACGAAGACAACUCCGGUGUUAGCGGCACUACGUGAUUAUAUGACGAUAUACGGAUGUCCAACGCAAAUGGUUUCGGACAGAGGCACAGCUUUUACAUCCAAAGAGUUUCAGAAUUUCGUCGAACGAUACUACAUACGUCACACGAAAGUAGGUGUGCUCACGCCUCGUGCUAACGGUCAAGCAGAGCGUAUUAAUAAGACCAUUUUGCAUCACUUAAAUGCAGUAUGA